UGCUGCAGCUACAGUAAAAGUCUGAGCAGCGCGGCGAGAAAAGAGACACUAAAAACUUAAAAUAAAACAUCAGAUUAAAAAUAAAAAAUGGCUCUAGAAUCGCGGAUCACACAGGAGGAGAUCAAGAAGGAGCCCGAGAAGCCCAUCGACCGGGAAAAGACCUGCCCCCUCCUGCUGCGAGUCUUCACCACCAACAGCGGCCGACACCACCGACCAGACGAGUUCGCCCGCGGCAACGUUCCCUCCAGCGAGCUGCAGAUCUACACAUGGAUGGAUGCCACUCUGAAGGAGCUGACCAGCUUAGUGAAGGAAGUUUAUCCAGAGGCCAGAAAAAAAGGGACUCACUUCAGCUUUGCCAUCGUGUAUCCCGACCCCAGAGGGAAAGUUUACAGGUUGAAAGAUAUCGGCAACACCAUCUCCGGCCGGAAGGGCGCCGACGACUCCAUGACGUUGCAGUCUCAGCGCUUCCAGAUCGGAGACUACCUGGACAUCGCCAUCACGCCGCCCAACAGAGCCCCGCCCCUUAACGCUCGCAUGAGGCCCUUCUGAAUAGAAACACCGACACCUAAAACCGACACACAUCAACCUGAAGUUCAUUUUUUGUUUUAAUUCUUCCAUUAUGUUGCAUAAUGCUGGCUGGUUUUUGCCCCAUUUUAUAAAAUGUGACGUGUAAUAAAGUUGUCAUUUUUUUUCCAAAA